CUUCGUGACAAGCAUGCACCUACCAGAAACAAUCAUGGAAAUCAAACACCCUCGCCGAAUCCUCGUAAUAGGCAAACCAGACAGUGACAUCUCUCGCGUCGUCAAAGAAAUCACCGGCUCAGCACCCACACCCGAUGCCUCCACCGGCUCCCUCGCGGGCAUGACACACGAAUGGAACGUCAAAACCGCAUAUUACACGGCCGCAAUCCCCAUCUGGAUCGACGAGAUCAACGACACCACAGCCUGGAAAUCAGAAUUCCUAAACCCCGAAGCCAAAGAAGUCGUUCAAGCAGUGGGGGCUUGGAUAUACUGUUUCAACAGCAGCGAUGUCAAGAAAGAGUCAGCAGAUGAUGAUGCAGAAGUCACGAUACCAGAGCAUGUGGAAGCUACUAUGAAGGCGGUUGCUGAGGUUGUGGAAAAAGCUUGUGGGAUGAUGUGGGAUGGGACGAGACUUGCUGUUGACCUUACACCUGCGAAUAAGGGUAGGUCUACAAUCAAUGCGGAAGAGAUAUGUUUGGAUCUUGGAUUCGAGUAUAUCCAUAUCGAUGCAACGGGGAAGAAUGAAUAUGGAGAGAACCUGGGAUUGGAGAGGGCGAAAGAAGCAUUGGAAGCAAAUGAGUGGUCUGCUUCAUCGGCUGACGAUGACGAUGAUGAGGAUAAUGUCGGAGGUAUGGAUGAUGAGCAAGCACAGAUGAAUGCUGAGCUCUGGGGUCUGAAGGCUUCUUUGCUUGAUCCAGAUAAUGAAGGUGAUGAGGCAGAGGGAAGUGCUCUUGAGAUUGAGGGCAUGGAGCAGAUGAUGAGUCAAUUGAUGGCUAUCAAAGAAACGACCGCUGGUAUGCCAGAGAAUGAGCGCAAGAAGUAUGCUGCUCGAGCUGUUGAUGAUCUUAUGAAGAACUUUGACUAGGCUAGUUACUCAUGUCGACAAACAGUUCCACGAUAUACUUCACCGAAUACAAAUGAAGAUGAUAACAUGAGCGAUAUGUGCUGCCUUUACUUGGCUAG